AUGGCGAUUCUGACGACGACGGUGACAACGACGGUCUUGCUGCGCUUGCGCUCAUGGGACUCGCUGGGACUGACAUCCAACGGCCGCGAGUCGCACCGGGAACCGGGAAGGGAGCUCGUGGCGCAGAAGAGAAAAAGUAGACGUCGACGCAGUGAAUUGCGUCGCUUAAGCGCUUCGAGGAAGUUUUACGUGACGAAAAACGCUGGGUUGGCGAGGAUAGAUCCCAACUAUUGGUCUCUCGACAAGGUGGCGAAGAAGUUCAAGUUGAAGUCGCCGAACCCGGUAGUCGUUCUGAGCAAGCAUCUCAAGGCGCACGGUGUAAAUUCGCGCCCAGUGGCAAAUGGUGGCCAAGACGGCCGAUUUUACACGAGAUUUUGA